CCCGCGGGAAGGUGGAGCGCGGGCUCUGCGGGACGAGCCUCCCGUGGGUCCCCGCCCCCGUCACGUGGGCCCCUGGCCCGGCCGCAGCCGCUCCGAUCGCUGGUUGGUCGGUGGGUCGGUGGCCGGCAGCUCGGACGCGGACAGUUGCGCUCGGAGGCGGGAGGGACGCCAGCAGCCCGCGCACCUGAGACGCCCGGAGAGGAGCCCGGCACCCAGGAACAAUUGGAAAGCUUCACCUAAUUCAGACGGUCGUCCCAUGUCACUAGGACAGGGAGAAGGAGACUAAGCAGGCCGGAGGUGUCAUGGCGUCAGAUGCUAGCCACGCGCUUGAAGCUGCCUUGGAGCAGAUGGAUGGAAUCAUUGCAGGCACUAAAAAAGGUGCUGACAUUAGCGAUGGUCUCUAUGAGCCCGGCCUGGCCUCCCCGGCCUCCUGCAUGAGCCCCUUCUCAGUGCUCCAUCUCGUCGAGGACUUGAGGCUGGCCCUAGAGAUGCUGGGGCAUCCGCAGGAGAAAGCCGCCCUCCUGAGCCAGAUCCCAGGCCCCACAGCUUCCUUCAUCAAGGAGUGGUUUGAGGACAGCCCGUCCCAGGUAAAUCACCAAGGUGCUGCUAGUAAUGAAACCUACCAAGAACGGUUGGCACGUCUAGAAGGAGAUAAAGAAUCCCUCAUAUUGCAGGUGGGUGUUUUUUGAUGGAAACUGGCUUAUCC